GCCGAAGGGGAAGUGUCGUCGCUCCCCGCAAAACGUUACUACUUUUUUCGAAGUUCUCUAUACUGGUUUUGUUUUAAAGUUUUGCAAGGAAGUUUUAUGUGUCCAGUCUCUUAUCCUGUUGAACAUAAAGGUUAAGAGUCUGCUUUCGGCCGUGUAGUUCAUUGAGUUGGUUGUGUUUUUUUUGUUAUUGUUAAGUUCUUUUUUGUUUGGUGAAUCGUGUCGGCCCAGAGACCGCCGGUCCCUGUGAGGCAGCAGCCUGGACGCGCCGCUAACAGACCCCAAAGGACACAGCCUUAGGUCGUGUAGUUGUGGUGUCCAGUGCGAGCGCUCGCCGCUCCAACCGUCAAGCUGGCAGCGAGCGCGUUGAGCAUGAACCCGCACUACCACGGGUACACAGAGCUAAGCUCGCCGCACCCGCCGUCGCCGGAGGCCGCAUUCGCCGCCAACGGCCACGACUACCCUCACAACAACAACAAUCCCGCCCUCAAAGAAUGCGCGGGCUGCGGCGGCAAGAUCGUCGAGAGGUUCCUCCUGCACGCGCUCGACAGAUACUGGCACCACGGCUGCCUCAAAUGCACGUGUUGUGGCCAAGCGCUCGCGGACAUGGGCCGAUCCUUCUAUUUCAAAGGCGGAAUGAUAUUAUGCAAAAACGACUACACGAGAAUGUUCGGCACAGGCGGCGCGUGCGCAGCUUGCGGACAAGCGAUUCCGGCGAGCGAAUUUGUGAUGAGAACCAACGCGCCGCAGCAGCCGCUACACGUCUUCCACAUAAAAUGCUUUGCGUGCUCCAAAUGUGGUUCACACCUCAUGCAAGGCGAUAGGUAUUAUAUGCUCGCGGGUUCACUAGUCUGCGAGCAGGACUGGCAAAAGCUGAUGAAGAGUGCGAACGCCGGGUCAGGACCCGUCGCGCCCGUGCGCAAGGGCAAGGUGGGCCGUCCGCGCCGCUCGAGAGAAUGAGCCCCGGCGCCCGCGCCUCCUGCGCAACCACACUCGCAUAGGGACUAUGAGGAGAUGAUGGCGUGUUCGUACUUAAGCGCGCCGACGAUGAAGCCGGAGCCUUCGAGUGCAGCUUGCUGGACGCCGCCCGCGAUGCCGGCCUGCUCGUCCACAGACGUCGAGCCGACCAUGUCGAUGAUUCCACCGUACUUAAGGCCUCCCCUGAGCGCUCUCGGGCUCCAUGCCCCCGUGAUUCCAACUCUCUCCCAGGAACCAGCCCUGGACCUCACCACGGCAGCCCUCAAAACAUCUCCUCCGAGUGACGAAGCAGAGUGAAGUGUUGUGCCACAGACUAAUAAACACAACGGACUUAAAUUACUACCGAUGGUCAGUAAUACGUUUGUGAAGUCAUUGAACUGUUAACUUAGAACAUACAUAUUUAAUUUCGGUUGUGAAAAUUUAUGUAAAACUUUACUCGCUGUAUGUAAAUUUCCAUUAAUUACUGGUACUUAAGAGUUGAACAGAAUGAGGUGUGUCAAACACAAAGGUGUUGUUGCUAUUUAUCGUGAUAAUGAAAUGAACACAUGAGAAAAUGUCGAUGACAUCCCUAACUGCGCGUCAGCGUACUUCCGUUGUAGGUUUUAUUUUUUAUUUAGUUAAAUGAUACCUUUUGAUGAUGUAAUGAAAAAUUAGUGUGGCAAUUAUUAAACAAGUAGUCCACAAUUGUUACAAUACCGUAUUUGUUACAAUUUCUUAAUUGAUGAAUUCAAAUGUUUAAAUAACUUAAAAGCAUUGUCGCGUCGCGUGUCAAGUCUUGCCAAUGGGUACACCGUAUGAGUAUGAAUUCUUAUUAUUUUAACAUCGACCGUGUUUCUUGCACUCAUCUCUGUGAUUUACAAUCUUGCUGUGUAAAUAAAUUUCUCGAAUAAAUUUGUUAUUUCGUAUAUAAACAACGAGCUCUUUACGUUGGCCCGUUAUUUUAAUCGUUUAUCUGUACAUAGUAGCAUAACAUCUUAGCCGUAAGUAGACACAUCUUGUACCUAAAUCGAUAAAAUAACUUGUUAGCAAUAAAACGAUGCCAACUAUGAAGUUUCAAAAUUAUACUAGAUCUCUGUAUAUAUUGAUCUGUUUACCAUCAGUUUAUUGUUCAAAUCGAUUAUAAAUGUAUACAGUAUGUAAGUUAUCUUAAACGCUAACAUUCCUUAUAUGUAUUAAAUGUACUUAAAUCGUGUCAAGUAUUGUAUAUUUGCAUACAUAUUUAAACUAUAUGUCAUACUGUAAAGUUGUUUUCUCCAAAGUAUGAUCGAUGUGUCUGUAAAUAAUUUUCAGUCUUUGUAAAAGCUGCUCACUAGUAUAUAAUAAAAGGCUUAUGAUAUUCAUGAGUAUUUUAAGUGAAUUAAUAAUUAGUGGAGUCCUCAGUUCAUAAAUGGCCUGUUUGUUUAAAAACUAUCCUGAGGCCAUGACUCACCUAAUGUCGUGUUAUACAUGUCCUACCAUUCUCAAAGGAUUUGCAUAACACCUCUGAUUAUGCAAUGAUUACAACAUGCUGGUCCCUGUAUGAUUGAUCAGAGUGAAUCAACUCAGAAAAAUAUAAAAUCCACCGCAUUCUAUUAAUCAUUAGACCUCCAUGUAAUAUAUACAAGUAUCACGCACACAUCACAUUUUGCCCGGGGGGGUAGGCAGAAACUACAUCUUUCCACAUGCCACGAUAUCUGCAUAUUUCCAUCGCUUCAUCAACAUUCAUAAUUCUCUUCAGGCAAGUUCGGCUACUCUUGACCUGACCCUUUUUCAGGACUUCCUUAAUUUGAUCAAGAUACGUUCGUCUAUGCCUUCCCACUCCGACCUUUCCCUCGACACUCCUUGUAUAUUUGCAUAGUCAACUUGCUUUCAUUCAUCCUCUCCACAUGACCAAACCAUCUUAACAUAACCUUUUCUAUUCCUGUGACUACAUCUUCUUUCACGUCACAACAUUCCCUUAUCACGCUGUUCCUUAUCCGGUUACUCAAUGUCACACCGAUCAUACUCCUUAACGCUCUCACUUCCACCGCAUUUAUUCUGCUUUAGUGCUUCUUUUACACCCAACUUUCGCUCCCAUUCUUUAAUGUUGGAACCAACACGUCCCUAUGCAUAGCCAGGCGAGCCUUUUUGGACAGUUUCUGACUGCUUAUAAAGGCAUGCAAACCUCCAUUCACCAUGUUCCCCGCGUUCACUCUCCUUUCAAUAUUACUAUCACACUUGCCAUCUGAUUUAAACUUUGAUGCUAGAUAUAAAAACUCUUUCACUUGCUCAACUUUUCCUCCUCCAAUCAAAAUAUUACAUGCUGUCAUUUUCUUCUCCAAUUCAAAAAACAAUGUUUAAGUUUUACUGACGUUCACUUUAAUUCCUUUCUAAUAAGAAUACAAAGCUUCAUAGGUACAUACAGUUUACCAUCUCCUGUAUCUCUUCGGCUGACAACGCCAGUAUGGUUUUAAAUUUAUAAGUUUCGGUAAAUAAACUUACAAAUUUAAAAUCAAUCUUUAUUUCUCAUAAUGAUAACACAAAAAUGCUCUCAAUAGAUGCACGUAUAAUCAUUCAUUAUAUCACAUCUAAUCGAAAUAUAAUAAGUCAAGGCAAAAUAUCAUUAAGUUUUACGUAUGGACAAGGGUAAGCCUAAUGUUUAUAUUUCUGAAGAGUAGGAUUCCUAUGUUAUAUUUCUUAUAUACUUAAUUGUAUUAACCCAGAGCUUCAGACUGUACUAAAGGCUAUUUGAAAUUAAAGGUCACAUCGACAUACCUGUAAAUGUUAGCGUUUAGUGAAUCUUGCCAUCAAACCAUUGUUUAAUAUAUAAAACUGCUCCCACUUCUCAAGUUAAAAGACAAACUGACUAAGGUCUGCCUGGUGAGGUAACAAGUAUUUAUAUAUCACUGAAUCAACUAAUAAAGAACAUACAGUCCAGACAAACGUACUAAAUGCAAAUUUCUAAUCGUUACCUCUACUUUGAAGUUAAAGUGAUAACAUUUGCCUAUUAUUUCAUUGGCUGAUUUUGAGACCAGAAUUUCUGUUUAAAGUGGGAUCUUACACGACACUUGUAUAUCAUUUGACAAUUUAUCGUAUCGUAAAGAUUCGUAUCAAAUUGUAUGGAAUACCUUCAUUCUUCAACAUGAAAUUCACUGACAAUGUCUAGUGAGACUGUCGUGGAAAUCCCCAGUUAGAAUGAAGUGGGGGCAGUUUGUUAAGGGAAGUGAAAGUUGUGGUGUUACCAGUCAACAAAGAAAGAACAUAAAUUCUAGUAUAAGAGAGUCGAGGAAAGGAGAAAAUAAAAUUUUGUAAAUUA